UUUAUUUUUGAACAGGUGAGGUAUCGUCCAAACACGCCUCUAGUUCUGAAAGGUAUUUCGGUCGACAUAAAUGGAGGUGAAAAGAUUGGUGUGGUUGGAAGGACAGGUAGUGGGAAAUCGACCAUGAUUCAGGUGUUUUUUCGGCUAGUCGAGCCGUCUGGUGGGAAGAUAAUCGUGGAUGGAAUUGAUAUAUCGGUUUUGGGACUCCAUGAUCUUAGGUCUAGAUUUGGGAUCAUUCCUCAAGAGCCUGUACUUUUUGAAGGAACUGUUAGAAGUAACAUUGAUCCUGUUGGAUUAUACUCUGAUGAAGAUAUAUGGAAGAGUCUUGAUAGGUGCCAGCUUAAGGAUGUGGUGGCAUCAAAACCGGGAAAACUCGAUUCCUUGGUUGUUGAUAGUAGUGAUAAUUGGAGUGUGGGGCAGAGGCAACUGCUUUGUUUGGGUAGGGUUAUGCUAAAGCGAAGCCGGUUACUUUUCAUGGACGAAGCAACUGCAUCAGUUGAUUCCCAAACCGAUGCUGUGAUCCAAAGGAUCAUACGCGAAGACUUUGAGGCUUGCACGAUCAUCAGCAUUGCUCACAGAAUACCGACAGUUAUGGACUGCGACAAAGUUCUCGUCAUCGAUGCAGGGUUAGCAAAAGAAUUCGACAAACCGUCGAGAUUGUUGGAGAGGCGAUCACUUUUCGGGGCAUUGGUACAAGAGUACGCAAACCGAUCAACCGGACUUUGAAAUAGUUUUAACCUAAAGUAUACAACCAAGAGAGUUGAGAUAUUGAUCAUGGAAGUUUCUUUGGCCACUGGUAAAUGUUCUGGAAUCUUCCUGGCCUAGUAGAACAUUCUGGGGAUCAAAUUACAUUUAGAAUCAAUUGUUGUUGUCUCAUAUCAUAUCCUCUUUGGUUACUCCUAUUUCUCUAUUUACCUAAGUAUCAACUACUCUGAUUAUAUUUAGUUAUUAAUUGUAGUUUAUGAAACUUUAAAU